UCAAACCAUCCAUUAACAAUUCAGAGCACUUUUCUUUGGUUGUACUUGUUUGUUAAUGCAGUUGGGAAAUAAAUGAAAGCUGGCUCACAUAAUCCAGAACUCGGAAUUAAAACAUCAUUCAUCGACGAUGACUUUUCAACAGAGAAAGAUCUUGUGGAACACCCAACAAGUUGCAGCGAGGAAGGUAAAAUCUAGAUACAGUAAAAGCAAAGCCCACAUUCAGACAGAUUCGAGAAUGUGAAUGCAGUGGAAGACAAUUUUCCCUCAAAACUUGUCCAAUCAAAAACAAGACUCAACCGAACAAGCUUUCAACCAGAGACUGUUAGAAACUUCAAAGUCUUCUCAGUCAAAAUACGCAAAUGUCUGUAUUGUAAACGCAACCCAGUUCCCCUCGUCACCUUCUUUCCACACUUCCAGCUUUCAAACCUGCCUAACUUGCCCGACUUCCGAACACUUCAUUUAAAUAACCCACCAACCAGCAAAGAAGAAGAAGCAGAAGACAAAAGUUGCAAAAGAGAAACAUGGGUUUUGCUUUUGCUAAGCUGUUUCUUCUUCUCCUUCCGUUGCUCUCAUCUCUGACUCUAGAGCACUCCGCGGCUCAAGGCUUCAACUGUAGCUCCCCGAGAUCAUGUCGUGCCCUGGUCGGCUACGUCACCGUCAACAACACCGACCUCGGCACCAUUCAAUCUCUUUUCAACGUCAAGAACUUCCGGAGUAUCCUCGGAGCUAACGGCUUAUCUCUCUCUACUCCACGCACCCACAACAUAUCUGCACAACAAGUCAUCAAAAUCCCCAUCAACUGCGUUUGCUACAACGACACCGGAACUUCCAGCGGCGCUCCAAUCUACGAGGUGAAAGAAGGUGACUUUCUCUUCCACAUAGCAGCUGAGAUUUUCUCGAGGUUAGUGACGUUCCAGCAAAUUACGGAAGCCAAUGGGAUUGGGAAUUCCAGUUUGAUAAUGCCCGGGCAGAAGCUGAAAAUCCCGUUACCGUGUAGCUGUGAUGACGUGAACGGCGAGAAAGUGGUGCAUUAUGCACAUAUUGUGAAGUUAGGGAGUACCUUGGAGGGGAUUGCUAGUGAGUUUGGAACUGAUGAAGGGACUUUGCGUAGGGUUAAUAACAUCACCGCCGAUAAUCAGUUAAUAGCUGACCAACCGAUCGAUGUUCCUCUCAAAGCCUGCAACUCACCAAUAAGAAGUGACUCGUUGGACUUUCCUUUACUUGCUGCUAAUGGAACAUACGUCUUCACUGCUAAUGGUUGUGUGAGGUGCACAUGUGAUGCUGCUGUUAACAACUCGACAUUACGUUGUGAACCAUCCCAGAAUAAACCAUCCAGGUGGGAGACGUGCCCAUCUAUGCAAUGUGAAGCUUCAGAUGGUUUAUCCCUUGGCAAUAGUACCACUUCUGGUUGCAAUCGCACAACCUGUUCCUAUGCUGGAUAUAACAACUCAACCAUCUUCACAACCCUUGAACAGGACUCCACUUGUUCAUCAACUACUCCAAGCAAUGAUGUUACAAGGAUCAGUUUGAAUUGGGACUUUCUAUGCAUCUUGAUCUUGCUUUGCUUUCAUCUCUUCCAGUAAAACGUUGGUAGUAAACUCCUAUGGGAGUCCAUCCACUUCCAUAGUACCACAUGAGAAACGGGGAGUAGACCAUUGCAAUGUAAAGCAUAUUUCCCUUUUUUUGACGAAUACUGUAUCAGAAAUUAUAGAUUUGGUGGAGGCACAUGGGUUUGGGUGAAUAAGCUUCUUUUCAUUGCAGAGUCAACCGAUCAAAAAGCUUUUAGAUGGUUAAGUCUGCCUGAGAUAAUGGGAUCAACGUCAGACGGAAUAUAUGCUAAAUUUUCUGAAAAAGGAAUGGCUCCUUUCUCCAUGGUCCAUAGUUAGCCAAAACCCAAAAAAGCUUCUUUUCUCUUUGAUGCUUUCAUUAACGUUGUUUUCACUUUUCAUCCUAUUGGAUUGCUUCUCUCUCAAGACUUCUAUCCAAAAAUUAAUUGGAUUUGAAUUUUUCUUUUUCUCA